AUGCUUCUACAACUACCGAUCAUCACGACUCUGUUCUCUUUUGUCUCAGCGCAGAGUAUAGGUGGCCCUGGAAACGUGACAGUCAGCUUCUUCACGUCCGACCAAGAUUGCGAAUCCAGCGACACAAAAGCACCCAUCCUCACAACCCGCGAAAUUCCUACCGAGCUCAUCUGCUUCAACCUCACCGACACAUUCUCCCCCGGCAACAAAAUCAUCUCAGGCUAUCAAGACGCCCUCGAGCCAUGGGAACAUCCCAACUCCAACAUCAGCUUUCAUCUGCAGCAAAACGACUUUGACUCCAGUGCGAAUUACACCCAGAUUCGCUAUGAACUACCCGGGGGCGAAGCUGGAGAGAAGUCAUCGUGGGUGCUUUGGGUCUAUCCACAUCUGAACUGUGAGACUGAAGUGAAGGGUAUUGAUAAUCACGAGUACCCUUGGUAUGAGGUUGACUGUCAGACGGAAAAGGGCGGAGAAUGUCAGGAGGUUAACUACCCAAUUAAAAGUUUUGCUAUUCUAAAUGGGGAUAGGGAUGGGGAGUGCAAGACUUGGGCGCAAUUGGGUGUUGCGACGAGGAUGAGCAGUCAAAUGCCAGGUCUGUUCUAUACUACAGUAGCAAUGGCUGUUGCAAUCUUGGCACUAUAG